AUGAGUGUGGUUGGGUUUGAUAUUGGGGGCGAAAAUUGUGUAAUCGCUGCUGCAAAAAACUGUGGGAUUGAUGUAUUAUUGAAUGACGAAUCAAAUCGCGAGACACCUUUUGUGUUUGUGGCGGUCGAAGGUGCGAUUGGAAAAGAAGGCAUUGGAGAUAUAAGAUCCCCGCCAGAUAAAGGUGAUCCACAAAUGCGAUUCGACGGUUUAGUGUUGCAAUCGAACAUAAAAAGGAAUGAAGUAGAUCUUCUGGAUCGUGGAUUUGACAUCGUUGAUAUGCCAGACGAGGACCGUGGAUUGGUAAUCGUUGUUGUUUGUCAGAACAAGUAG